UUUGUUUCACAACAUGUCAAUGUGGUUAUGUCAUCCUGUUCACCUUCACAGCUUCGUGGCGGCCGCGGAGCACCAUCCGGCAACGGCAACGUCGUUAUUCACCAAAGCUCGUCCUCGUGUUUCUUGCGCCAUCUGCAACGACGCCGUGGAUCGCUCCCGCAAGGAGAUUACAACAAGACCAACCUGUACGUGUGUAUCGUGCAACUGCGUCGUCCAUCGUCGGUGCUUGUCGGAAUGGCACGAGCAAACGACAUCCACGCGCCAUCGAAACGGAAAAUUGCAUCUCUCGCUGUGCUCUGUCACUGAAAAUGUCCGUCCCACGCCUUCGUCGCAGUCGUUACCGCCAUCGCCACCCAACAACACACAGCAUGACCUCCAGCUUCUCGAGCACCUUCGUCUGGACCCGACGUUGCCGGAAUCCCCACUGCACCGCUCUCAGCUCCCUCAACCAUUCAACAGUCUCGCUUACGUCUACAUCCAGCGCUACGCCCCUUACGUCGCUGGCGGCAUUCUCCUGGGUGGCGCAGCUAUUUUCGGCAUGCCAGCCGUUGCCCUCACAGGUCUAGGCGUGAGCAUAUCCGGCCACACAUGGACACAACGCCGUCAGUCGUCGCCUAAGGACUCGGACUGGGCACGCCGCAUUUGCUGGGACUUGAAGCAAUCGGCCACUGGCACUGACUUGUCGUACAAGCAAGAUGCAGCUCUUCUUCGAAGAUACCACAACCCGACGACGGACCGGCCAUCAGCGGACGAUAUUUACCGCUUGCUGUAUCACUUGUUUGCAUCGCGUGACGAGCUCAUCGGGCGCGUCAACAGCGAGCUUUGUGAAGCAUUCCGCGCCCGCGCCAAGGCAUCCACUGCCCUUCCCGCCAUCGUGCGCGAUGUCCAAGUGUAUGUCGGCCAUGUGCUGGCAGUUGCCAUGACUACGUACCCAGCGUUAUCGAGCUCCGAAGACGCUGUUGUGCAUACCACCGAGGCGGUCGAGCGCCUCGUGUACAGCGACAUCUACUCCCUGGUGUUUGAAGCAUUCCGUCGAGAAUACGCCCGUCACGAUGCCACUCUCACUGCCCACGUCCGCGAGGUUCAAGCUCGGCGUCCCGGUGGUUCAGUAAACUCCCAAGCCGUCAAGGUUCUGGUCCGCCUUGGCCAACUUACGUACCCGUGGGGCAAGCUCCAAGUCCUCGGCGAAGCGUUCCGAGUGAUGUGCACGGAAGUAGAAGCCCGGCUGACCACGGCCCCGAGCGCCGACACGGUGCUGCCCACGACAAUGGACUUGAUCGUGGACGGGAGCGGACUCACGCCGCACUUUGUUGCUCAAUUGGCAUUUGUGUCAACCUUGACCAAAGGGGGUGGCCGCGGGGUGGAAGGCUACGCAUUGACCACGUUUCAUGCUGCCCUACGGGCUCUCGCAGCAAUCGAUCUCCAGGAUGGUGUUGCAUCCGUCGACGAAUUGGACGACGACGAAUUUUUCGACGCCGUCGACGAUUUACCACGAUAACACGACGCUGUCUCGCUGCAUCUCGCAAACACGCCGCAGCGCCGGCAACCUACAUAUUCGCAUCAAGCGAAGUGUUGUUGUCGUCCAGAACACUCGAUCGAAACCUUCGCGAUGGAUCUUCCAAGCGAAUGAUGAUAGCAAUUUUUCAUUUACAACGGAUAAGCUGCAACGACUUGGAGCUUCAGAGCGCAUGGACCACGCUACAGCAAACCCCGGAAAAAGCCGACAUGGUUUCAUCCUGAAAUGCAUUCAGAAUAACUAAGUUAUUGGCACAAGUCUUUUUGACAUGCCCA